UUUAGACUCAAUUUCGGUUUCUGGCUCGACUAUUAUAAUUUAUGGUCUCCUGGCAGUCCUGCUCUGGCAAAACUACGAUUUACAUGUUACAACAAAUUAGGUAAACAUGCACUAACCAAUUGACAAGUGUUACUGAUCAACUGAGAAGUGGAAAAUUUAAAAAUUGUCGGCAAGGAGUCAUAACCAAAAAAACUUUCAGAUUAGCUGACACUGAACUUUCCUGCUUCAUCAUAACUAUGAGUAUGAGUCAAGAAGGAAGUAUUGAAGAAAAAAGACCUAAUGUGUCUUUAAGUGUUCUGAGCCAAAGCAUUGAGAGCGGUAGUUAUGAUAGCUACAACACAUGUGUUGAAGGUGAAUCAUCUGUGGAUGAGAAGAUAAUUGUUCCUGUGGGAGACGAGGUCCGUGAUAGUGGUCACAGAUUUGCUAGAGACUCAGACCAAAUGAUACAAAGGAAAAAUGAAAAUAUGACUGAAAAUAACGGAAUUAGAGACAAAUUUCAGAUGAGUGUUGAAAGUCAAAGUGAAGGUCAAUGUGGGGACAUGACUCAUCUUCAACUUGGAGAUUCGUUUGACGGUGCUACAUGUAAUAUUGAGAGAGACAGAAGAUUUGCAAAGCAGAAAAUCAGCAAUAGUGAUGAUGCUAUUUUAGAGGAUCCUAGGCGUAAUACUGGUACAGAUGGUGUUUCUUCAGAUAUUUUUCAAAAAGUCAGUAAGGAAAAUGAGGCUCUGAGACAGCAAGUGGCAGUUCUGGAAUGUGAGCUGGCAAGGAAACCAUCUGAUGAAGACUUUGCCCAAUCGGAGAGUCGGAGGCAGGUGCUAGAGAAUGAGAACUUUCGUCUAAGACAAAAUAUCAAGGGUACCAGCAGCGAGCUCAUUUUGGAUGAAAAUGGUAGGCCGAUGCAACUGAAGGAGGACAUCCUUCUCAGACAAGAAAAUGAACGGCUUUCAAAUAAAAUAGCUGUUCUUGAAAGUAGACUGGAUGAAGCUCAGCACAUGUUACCAAGAAUUGAUGUUCAGCAUAAUCCAUCCCCUGAGACUAGCGUUGUGGUAGCCCCUAGCAUUGAUGGUAUGAUUUACAAGAUAGAGAGGCUGGAAGCCAGCAAUCACGAGUAUUUGAUGGAGAAGAACAAACUUGAAAGAGAAGUUCGGGAAAUGUACCGUACAAUGAACGAAAUGUUUGAAGCUAGUGAAAAUGAGUUGCAGAAACUCCUGAAAGCAGAAAAGGACAAAAAUAAAGCACUUGUGGAAGAAUGCAAGCAUCUUAGACAUCAGGAGAGUCGGAGGCAGGUGCUAGAGAAUGAGAACUUUCGUCUAAGACAAAAUAUCAAGGAUACCAGCAGCGAGCUCAUUUUGGAUGAAAAUGGUAGGCCGAUGCAACUGAAGGAGGACAUCCUUCUCAGACAAGAAAAUGAACGGCUUUCAAAUAAAAUAGCUGUUCUUGAAAGUAGACUGGAUGAAGCUCAGCACAUGUUACCAAGAAUUGAUGUUCAGCAUAAUCCAUCCCCUGAGACUAGCGUUGUGGUAGCCCCUAGCAUUGAUGGUAUGAUUUACAAGAUAGAGAGGCUGGAAGCCAGCAAUCACGAGUAUUUGAUGGAGAAGAACAAAUUUGAAAGAGAAGCUCGGGAAAUGCACCGUACAAUGAACGAAAUGUUUGAAGCUAGUGAAAAUGGGUUGCAGAAACUCCUGAAAGCAGAAAAGGACAAAAAUAAAGCACUUGUGGAAGAAUGCAAGCAUCUUAGACAUCAGCUUUCAGAAUCGUACCCACAAUCAUUCACAACACCCACAGUCAAUUCAAGUCCAUCACAAUGUCCUCCUCGACUACAGUCACGAACUCUGGUCCAUCCACGGCAGUCUCCUCUUCUUCCUCCAAGAUAGCAUGUGGUCCAGCUUCGAUUGGCCUUGGUUGAAACGAUGCUUCAAAUCAGUUGACGAUAACGUCCUCAUCAACACCAUCCCAGGCAUCUCUGAUGAUGUUGGUCACGUCUCUCAGGCCGAUGUGAGGGCAGUCUCCUCUUUCGUCCGUGUGGUCCUUCUUCCACGAUUUCCAUUGUCACCGUACGUGACAUUUGAAGGACUUCAUGACUGCAACGUCUAACGGUUGUACGAGGGAUGUGCAACCAGCAGGUACGUAAUCCAGGCUGCCUCUCAUGUCGCGGACUCUCAUCCAGAAGUUCUCUGUCCGGUGGACCUGAUAAUGAUCGACGAUUAACAGGAACUGGUCGGUCUCGUUGUCGGUGAUGUAGGGUGAUAGGACUUCAUCUAACCACUUGUGCGCCGUUUCCUCCCUCAUCCAACCAGUUUCCGAUAGGGUAAUCUUUACAUCUGCUGGUGGGUUGUCUUGGAGGGCUGCAAACAUCCGGACGAAACCUCUUCUGGGGAAGGUGAUGUGCGCCGGCAACUUUGCUCCAGAGGCUGCGAUGCAGAGGGUGACGGUGCAUCCCAACUUAGUAUUGGACCUGGAUGAUCAGACGUCUAUGGCCUUCUCCCCCGUGGUGUUGGCCGUGUACAUGGUUCUCAUAUCAAACAGGACAAAGGUUUGGUCCAUGUUAAAGAAGAACCGCAUCUGUAUAUCAAGACGAUCAAUGCUCCCAGUAACCGCAUCUCGGAAGGUCUGGAUCCUUGCAGCAGCAUCAGCGGGGACGGUCGUUGUAUUCUUGGCCACCUUCCGUAGGGACACGUGGCGUCUCUUCAUCAAGCACUCCACCCAGCCUAUGGAUGCGUCGAAAUCCCAUAGCUGAGGGUGACAAUGCUGAAUCCCUUCUCUGACAUCUUGGGCUAACUCGUUCCACCAGCUUUGCCACACUACCAACGCCUUAUCUUGAAUGUCGAGAACGGAGACUGCGAGGCGAUGCUCUCUCAUCUGCUGCAGCCAUUGGUAAAGCUGGUCCUCAACAUGUGGCCAUAACGGAUCA